ACUUUGGAAAUGAACAUUCAACACGAUGUACAGUUAAACGAUAAUGAAAUCGCAGUUUCAUGUAUUUUUCGAAAGACUGGUGGCAGAAGUAUUCGAACUGGAGUUGAAUCGUUGGCUAAUCUGUUAAAGGUUAUACAAAAGAAAAGAAAUUAUGGGCUCAUUGUUGUGGAAUGGACGCCUUAUUACGUUCAUGCUAUUCCGAAGUUCCCGCUCGAGGAUGCAUCUUUCCACGUGCAGAUGUUGAGCCCGAUGUUUGCCAAAUUGCAUUUAAGUUCUAAAGAAACUUCGUUCUCGACGCCAAAGAGUCUCAGCCGACCGGAUGUGAAAGGUAGUGCAAUGAAAGAAUUAGAGAGAAAUUAUUCACGACAACCUCGUAAUCUUCUUUUCGCCAUUCUCGGAUGGAGCGGUGACAAAACCUGUAGCACAAUCGAAGCUUUCGAUCCUGUGAGCCAAAAAUGGUUUUACGUUGCUCAAAACACUUUGGUUAGAAG